GCUUCUGAAUAUGAUUCCGCACCACUUCAAAGGCCUUCAAGUUUGGAUCCUAACGAAAGGCUUGAGCCUCUUUUGAAUGGGCUAAAUAUGGACAAUGCUGUCACUGCAGGCUUCGACCUGUGCGCAAAGUUCAGGGUGGUGUCGCGACCUAUGGGAGGCGGUUUUAUCGCAAAUACAGCGCAUACCAGAGUCAGAAUCGGACACGCAGAGCGUUCAAGUCGACGUAUUGGCUCGGUUCAUUUGCGACAACGUCGCCAAUCGCUUGACAGAGUCCACCGAUCUUCCCAUGGAGGAACGGUUUGAAAAAUGGCUUGGUCUUGGAGGGAGAAAUAAGAUCAUUCAAUCACCAUGGUCGACUUCGUCAGCGCACAGUCAUGGAGCCAGCUCCUCAUUCAACUUGUUAUCUCUAACGUCCUUUCUACGGACCGCGUUGUCAUACAUCUCUGCGGUGAAACGUGGAAGUCCAUUCCAACGACAGCUAAGAGUCCCCGGUUCAAUCCGUUGUUGCAGUCAAUACCAUUGCCGGGAUCUAUUGCUCUUCGAUGAUCCAUCGAUGAAAGCGAUUGACCUCGGAGCGACUCAGCGGCUUCUGGGCCAAAGAAUCGUUUUGUGUCGGACGGAAAACCUCAAGCCUCUGUUACAAGCCAUCGCAAGACUCGCCAAACUGGGCUCCACGGUCGAUCUGGGAGAUUCUGUUAAGAUAUCCUGUGGCGAGUUACUGCACGAUAUCUGUUCCAGCAAUUAUUUCCGGUCUCUGCUUCACGCCGUCUCGUGACGAUCCACAAAGUUUUUCGCGAUUAUUUCUCUGGUGGCUCACCUUUACCAACGGAAGAUUCGUCUUUGGUACAAGCUCUCCAAC